CCGCUUGACUGACAGAGGUCCAGCAGACACCACAGCAGCUCGUUUGGAUUUGGAGUCCAUCAAGAUGUUGGCUGCUCUCUUGGCACGCCGAGGGCUGGUGCAGUUCUAUCAUUCGGAGGAAUAAUGCAUACAUUUUGAGAAGUUAGCUUUGCUAAUCUACAUUGAUUUUGGUCAAGAACCUUUGUACAGUUUUCUUUUAGUCCACAUAUGCUGGCCAAACAGUGAAAAUAAAGGGGCAGUUCUUCGGGCAUAUGGAACAUCUGCAUGGCGAAUCGGCUUUUCUGAGCCACGCCGUUCACAGACAGCCACCGGAAUGUGUAGUCGAUGGGGCAACUAAAAGGAUGAUAGAAUCAGUGUUUGAACACUUGUACCAUUUGGACUAGAUGUUCCAUUUCCUCACCCGUCCUUGAGGAAAAGACCCUGAACUUCAUCCUGUGGGUCGCUGGUCUCCGUAGCCCAGCAGGACUCUACGUGCAAUAAGACGUUAGCAGCAAAAGAGAGAUCUGCAUCCAAGGCAACCUGAAAGUACAAGGUGUCCUCCGGGUCCAUGCUCACAAAUUCGCUAUAACUUUCGCUAAAGGACUUGUCGCUGAACAGAUCCAUGGUUAGGCCCAGUUGCAGGGAGCUGUUGAACUCUACCACCGAGUAGGCUUUCAACCUACAGCAAAAACUGGUAAAUGCGUGCCUAAAGAUGAAGCCCUUUCGGUCCGACACAGCUCACCAUUUCAAAUCGAUGCUAACGUGGGCGUCGCGGAUAUAAUGCAGAGGGUAGACGCACUUCCAGAUCACUUUCAAAUCCCUCCGAGUGAUGGCUUUAUCUUUGGUCAGGCUGACUGCGAGUGUGUUUUGGAACUCAAUGUGGGUUUCGUUGACCUAGGAAAAGUCCAUUCUUGGGCUCCAUCUGCAGUUUACUUGAAAACAUUCACACUCACCCGUCUUUUUGUCCCACAUUCCGUGCCAUGUCGCAGAGUGCUGAAGUGGAACAGCAUUCCAGUUUCCUCCACUUGGCAGGUGGCGUUAUUCAGCACGACAUCCACCUUCCCACCGAUGUACGCAUUCAAGUAGGGUUUGGCAACACCGCCGGUCAUCACUUUGUCCAGACACUGACUGAAAAUGCCUUUCUCUGUGGAGACACGUGACUUUUAUAGGUCAGCGGCAGAUAGAAAUGAUCGGACUUUGUAGAGUUGACUCAACUGGACAGUGACAAUGCUUGCUUGCUUCUUUUUAAAGGUCAGAUUUAAAUUUGGGGCAGAUGCCGUGAUGACAGAUUUUUACAUUUUUGUUCUCCCUUUUCCAAGAAGUUGAACACUACAGAAAGAAACAUUUGAGAUAUUUGAUGAUAUUUUAGUACCGUUGCAAACAGGGUAAGAGGGUACGGGCCCUUGCAGCACUGCGCUAACAUCAUAGUAGCCACUUUUGCACGCGCAGUGAUGCGAACCCAGAGUAUUGAUGCACUGAGAGUUCUGCAGACACACCGGUUGAGUGGAUGGCGCACAAAGAUCAGGACCUGGAGAAGAAAACAAUCCAUCAACCACAGGACAAUAAACAGAUCGUAAACAAUUCUGUUUUCUCGUACCUUCCCAGUAAAUAAUUCCGUCCCUAACUGAUAUGUAAACAUCGUCUUUGGACUCGAUAUAAUCCUUGUAAAAUUGAACAGGAAGUGGCAUGUAAUCGUCUUGGUGGGACGAGUCGAAAAGCAUCAAUUGAACUUGUGUUUUCUUGGUCUCGAUGGCAGGUUCCGCCACCAACGCCUCCACACGAAUUGGGGGAUGGACUUCACUUAAGACUUCCAUUAGCUGGAAAACAAAAUUAAUAUUCAAAAAAGUAUUUCCUUCCACUAAAAAUCUACAAAUAUGACUCCUCACCAAGUUCUGGACACUCUCCACCAUUAUGGUUGUGACUUCGGCCAUUUCGUCACCCAGGUCAUCGGGAAUAGAACCUGGCACAACCAUUCUGAGCAGGUAAAUUUCUUCAGCUAGAGCCAAAAAUGCAGCAUUAAGAACCGGUCACCAUUAAAGUAUGUAACAAUUAGGAUUAAGACCUCGGUCUUCUUUGAUGGAGUCAAGUCCAACACCCCUCGCAAGGAAGCCAUAGAUUGAAUCGUCUACUGUGAAACACAACUCGGUCCGUCCAGACACCCAGCGGUUGUCGCACCUUUCCCACAAUUCGAGGACGUACGUUUUCCCGGUUUCUAGUCCUGGCAGUUGCAGCUCUGUCUCAGUCACAUUUUCUUUUUGGAGGAGGGGACCGUUCUCCAGGGACAGUUUGUAGAAAAAUGACAAGGCGGGGCUUUGCGAGCCAGGAAUCCAUAAGGCUUUAGAGUCGUUGGUGUGGUAGCGGAGUUCUAACACACCACGGGGUCCUGGAAAUCCAGAAAAUGCAACACUGGCGAGAUAUAUUUUUGAAAAGCCGUUUCUAUUGGGUACCUGUAUGUACUGGAAGCAACUCAGUGCUUAUCAGCACGCCAUCCCCGCACAGCGCUUCCACUCUGGCGCGGUAAAAUCGGCAAGGCGUCAGCCCCGUGACUACGUAGUCAGUCGCAAAAGUGGUGCCUUGCAGUACGUCUUCGUGGUAGAUGUUGAACUUGGAGAUGGAUGACAUGGGGCUCACCAUCCAGCUCAGGGUGUAAUUUUCAGGGCCGAACGAUGUCUGGCGCAAGGCCCCAAUGCUGGAGUGGGCUACAUUUGUUACAGGUUAGAUGUCCGUCAUAUGAAUGCAACAGGAAUUGGAUCUUACCGAUAUUUCCGUCAGUCUCAAUCAUUCCACUGUAGCGGGUCUCCGUACCCGCCUGACAAACUGUCUGCAGGCCAAACAAAACUCUACUGCAUGGCUGCAAACCAGACAAGGUGAACACAAAGUCAUCCGCCGUGUGCCAUACGGGUACUUCCUUCACAAGAUGGUUCGAUCCGUUGAGAUAGAAGGACGUGAGGAAGAAGAAGGAAUAGUAGAGGUUCUCAGGGAAGUCCCAGGUCAAAGUUAUACUGCUGCUGUUCAAGGAACUGACUUUAAAGUCUCUGGGAAUGACUGGAUCUGAUGGAAAAUAAGACUAUAUUCUACAGUGCUUUUGCUUUUCGUCUCUCAAACCUAGUACACGUCUUUAUCAAGUGGCAAAAAGAGCCAGAAUAACACACAUUUAUAAAUAAAUUCCCUCAUACCCGUCAAAGCUGGGAGGCAAGUUACAAGGAAGUUGGCCUCGGUGUCCACACACACCACAUACAAAGUACAGGAUUUCAGGGAGGUGACAUGAUGAGGGUUAUCUGUCAUUUCCUCCCUUUCCAACAUUUGAUAGAAGUUUUGGUCAGAGUAAUACAGGGUCAUCAUAUGAGCAUUGCCGACAGGUGCGGGUUGCCCCUCCAACCAGGAUAACAGAAGCGUGGUAGGUGAGCGGGAUACCACCUUGACACGAAAGCGCACAGUGUGACCUGGAAUUAGAAAUUCAUCAAAAGUAUUUGAGAAAAGGACUUGUUCAUUAGUUUGACUAACAAAAAUGAAGCUAUCAGCGUUUUCACCAAAAGCAAGGAAGAAGUUUUUCUCCUGGUAGAAGAACCAUGUGUCAUUUUCACAAGGGAACACAUCAGUAGGAGUCAGCAAAUCUAGGAUGCUCUACAAAAGAAGUGUGAUUAGGCCAUGAAAUUGUAUUAAAAAACCAAGGGCGUAGGUUUGGUCUCAACAUUGGUAGGGACAAUAUUACCGUAUUGCACAUAAUGCAAACAAUGAUCCAAAUAAGGGACGACCAGCUUGACUUGGUUGUUCCUUGUGGAGGCUGACCUGACUGCAGUAGUUUUGAUGGUUAGCAAGUUUAAUAUUAUGCUAACUCUGAUGCAGGUCGAACUUUCAGUAGCAAAAUGAGUGUUUCCCCCACCUACACAACAUUGACGUCUUUUUACAUGACUCACAGUGGCUGCUGCUGGCCGAAAAAGAAACUUCUAAUAUACUUCCUCUCCGUAGGGGGCGGAGGAGGCGGCAUGUUGUUGACAUGAAUCUGUCGGGGUUGUGUGAGUAUGUCUGUGUCUUUGUGGCGGGACGGGGGGGCUUCAAGUCAUCAACCAACCAAAUGUUCGUUUGAGAGGGAAAAAAGUGGACUGGCACAUUCUGCAAGUGAAAAGGGAUAACUAAGUCUUAACAUAAUGAAAAUAAUUCACUUAAUAAUGGUAGGGUCUAUUCUACCCUUACAACACAUGGUAAGACAAUCUAAAUUACCUACCAUAAUGUUCGGACUAUAAGCCGCUACUUUUUCCCCCUCAUUUUGAAUCCUGCGGCUUAUAGUCCAGUGUGGCUUAUUUGUUGAUUUAUUUGGGUUAAUAGGUAACACUUUAUUUGACAGCGGCGUCAUAAGACUGCCAUGAGACCAUCAUAAUUAUGACAUGACAUUAUCAUGGGCAUUAACGAAUCCUUAUGACCAGAGGUGUAGCAAGGGUCCCCGGGGGCCCCAGGCAACAAGCAACAUGGGGCCCUUCGAGCGUGUGCAAGUAAGGGGGGCAGUUGAACUUGGAGCUAUAGAAGUAAGAGUAGCAACACAAAAAUACCACCAUCGGAUGCGGAGGUAUAUACCUUUGUGUGAAAUCAGUAGUCAGAUUGGCCCGACGACCCACCAAAUUCAAAUUAUUCUGUAAAAACCACUGAUUGGUGGACUACCGACCGAAAUGAGGAUUAAAUUUGUUAAUAAAAUUGUUUAGGGUUAUUUUAGAUGCAUAUAUGUUAUAUUUUUCUUAUAGAGUAUUCGACGAGGAAUACGAUAGACCCAUUAAUAGACUUUUUUUGAAAAAUAACCAUUUCUUUAAGUAGUCACAUGAAUAAUGAGGUGGCCUGUGAAAAUCAACAUAAAAUAACCUGGCAAGGACGUUCUAGAGAGUACUUAUUGUGUCUUUUAACAAUCAUGUGGUAUUAACAGUCGAUUGGAUUCUCUUAAACAUGAACAAUCUCCGUGACAUGGCUAGUGCUGAUUAGGAUUGAUAACAGAAUCAUUCGAUAAUCUGCCAAAUGAUUCCAUGGUAUUGAAUCACUCCCUAUACUUAUUGCUGUGGAAGUGCAGUAAAGCCGCGUGUGCUAAAUCUGUUGACCCUCUGGGGGCCCCUACUGGCUGGGGGCCCUAGUCAAUUGCCUGGUUUGCCUAAUGGGACGCGACGCCUCUGCUAAUGACAGAUGUCAUUAAGUUCAUCUGGCAAAUUAUGUCACUAAUUCCAUUUAUGUCCAGCUCUUUUACAACCAUUCAAAAGGGAGAUAAUUUGCAGUUUAUUUAAUGCUCAUGGCAGUGUAAUGUCAUAAUUAUGAUGGUGUUACGACAGUCCGAUGGUGCCACCUUCAAAUAAAGUGUUAAUAAAUUCCAUAAUUAGCGAUAAAUGAAAAAACUAGAACAGUAACUGAAGAAAUGAUGCGCGCAGAACAUGAAUUUUGAAUUUUUAUUUACAUCUGUAGUGCUGCAAUGCAUGCUAGAAGGCAUGUUGGAUGAGAACAGUGUUGACAGCAGCUGGCAGCAGAGGCUGACUGUGUCCCACAAGAGAACAAUGAUGGCCAAAUGAAGCUUCUUGAAGCAAUGAAGCAUUGGAGGCAAUUGGUUCAAAGCUUCAUUUGGUCUUAUGAUGCCGCUGUCAAAGUGUUACCGGUUGAUAACUUUUGGUGUAAAUAUCCUAUAAAACAGUGAGGAUAGCUGCGGCUCAUAGUCCAGUGUGGCUUAUCUAUGAACAAAUGUCGUUUUUCUGUCAAAUUUUGUGGAUGGCGACUUAUAGUCAGGUGCCCCUUAAAGUGCGAAAAUUACAUAUAUAUCUGAACUCCUUAUAUAUUGAAAUAAGGUUGCGUAAAAGUUGGUGGGGAUCAUCCUGAAAAGUUGCUAGUGUUAUUUCCCUACCGUCCCUAUGCAAACCUACGCCCUUGCAAAAAACAUUAUUCCACUACCUGCGUGGAUUUUGUUGGCCGUUCUUGAGGUUUAUGACUUCCAUUAACUUUGGUUUGCUUAGGAUCUUAAACAGAAACAUCUUGUUAACUGCCAUGGACGGCCAGGAUAAGCUUAUGAUUUGUUUGUUUACCUCGAGAAAUUUUAAAAGUCCAUGAGUGAAGUUUGCCAGCAUAACUCAGGGUCACAUUGUUUUCUACUGAUAGAGGUACGGUCAAGGAAACCACGUCGUCGUGGUUUGUCCAGAGGUUUUUUAAAGAUGUGCCGUUGAGCCACAGGUCGCUAUUACUAAGAACGCAAAAUAGUAUUUUAAUCAAAAAUGACUGUGACCUUAAAAGUGAAGACACUUGAUGAAAACAACCAAAUAGAGGCACUUACCUUUCCUGAGGGUUGCCCAUCCAACAUAUUGAGAAAACAUCCUCAGUACGUACUGUGAAAGGAAAUUAGGAUUUCUUUUAAAUGUAUAAAUAUGGCACAAAAUGUUCAAAUGACUCUCCAAAUGGUAUAAUUCCCACCUAAUGAUAUCGCUUGAGCAAUCAGAGUUAGAUGAACGAGAGGAAAAUCAAAGGAUUUUCUGGAAAUAAAUCAAAGUCAUUGGCAUAAAAACAUUCCCAAUUGCUGAUUCAAGUUUUCUUACAUUUUCGUCAUGAUUCCAGCAAAGUGUGUUUUGUUCAGUAAAAAGUAGGCUUUGCUGGAAAUGGACAGCCCAUUAAUGGGUGACAGGUGUGCGAUGACGUCACUGAACGUCACCUGCAAGAUAAAUAGCCGUCGUUGAGUCACAUGCAGAGGGGAAAAAGUGAAAAUAAAUGUACCUUCAUCAAACUAAAACAGCUUUACAAGUGCUUCCUAUAAUAGCCAGUAGAUGUCAGUGUUUAUCCAAAUGUCUAUUUGCAGUUCAACAUCGGCCUUCAUCAUUUUUCUGAAUCAGAUUUGAAAUGAAAAAUGUGUUUGCCACUUUGCCAGUCAUUUUUUUUCAAGUAUUGAACAGGUCCAAGUUGUAUUAUUGAAUAAAUACAUGUUUUAUAAAAGCAUAUAUUUAUUAUUUUAAUGAUUCAUUGAAUCUGAAUCUCCAACAAGAAGGAUGACCUUUAUGAAUCCGCUGGAGACAAUGUACCAUACAACCAAAUGACAUUAAGCAAAGUAAAGGCGAUGUGCACUCAAUCAGAGCCCAGAAUUACAGUGGACAGGACUACCCGUAACAUAGAGAAACUUUUGUCUGCUUCAUCUUAACAAGUAAUUGGAGUCACAAGCCCUUGGUGAGUUUGAGGCUGCAGUCUUGUUGAGAGCUUUGUCUCAUCAUGCGUUAAGCCGAGCGCGCUGAAAAAUAUACGUGUUCGUUGGCAAAUAUGGGGAGGUGGAGGUCUUUGCUGCUGUUGUGUGCACUUUGUUUGUCGGAGACUACCGGAGAGCCGACAAAAAAUGAUGAUGAGGUCAACCUCGUGAGUUUCCUGAGAGGAAUCUAUGCCGGACUCUUGCUGAGGGAUGACCCGUUGGUCCUCAACACGGAUUUUGGGAUAAACUCACUUGCUUCGGAAAGAUCACAGAGCUUCUCGUCCUCACAAGAAAGUGAAAAUGAGGACAAAGCAGUCAAAAAGACCGACAUUGGCCCAUUGGUGAUGACCAAAAACGGGCCAAUCAAAGGGAUUACGACAGACAAGGCCCAUAUAUUCUACGGGAUACCAUACGCGGACCCCCCGGUUGGGUCAUACCGAUGGAAGCCACCUAGACCUGUAAGUCCUUGGAAGGCGGUUUAUGAUGCCACCUUCCCACGGGCUGCGUGCAUGCAGGGUUGCAGAGGACCAAUUGCUGCGGAGUGUCCACAAAAUGUCAGCGAAGACUGCCUCUAUCUGAACAUCUUUGCUCCCCGAGAUGUGAACUUCAGUUCUCCACUGAGUAAUCCGCUUCCGGUGAUGGUGUGGAUCCACGGCGGCGAUUUCAUCGCCGGUUCAGCCUCAAAACCGCUGUACGACGGUCGCUUCAUGAGCAACUUCACCCACACUAUAGUUGUCAACCUGGAGUACAGACUAGGCGCCUUCGGAUUCCUCGUGUCCGGUAAAGACGCAAAGAUGUCAGCGGUGGGAAAUUACGGGAUUCUGGACCAGCAAGCGGCGCUUCUUUGGGUCCAACGGAACAUUGCGACGUUUGGAGGUGACCCCGGCAAGGUAACCCUAUUCGGAGAGAGCGCCGGUGCUCAGUCUGUCAGUCUUCACCUGAUGAUCCAAAGCAGCAAACCUCUGUUCAAGCAAGCAGUUCUACAGAGUUUACCUUUCUCCAUCCCUCUCAAAACCAGACACGACGCCCUGAAGCUCGGAAAGGAAUUUGCAAAAAAGACCAACUGCUCCGUCGGCGACAUCGUCUGCCUGCUGUCGCUCACGCCGCAGGCCGUCCUGGAAGCGCAGAUGAAAACAAGUUCCAAGCUCGUAAACCCAUUCAGAUUCCUGGAGGUCUUCGAAACAUGGGGUCCCUUCAUUGAUGGUGAGCUCAUCAAGGAGCAGGCGGUCACCGCUUUCCAGAAAGGCCACUGGCACGCGGAAAAACCGGUAUUGCUAGGUACAACCUCAGAGGAAGGUGUGAUCUUUGUGUAUGGCGUUUUUAGCAAGCCGGUGUCCGCCUUGGAGUCCAUCAUGUACGUCACGGCGAUCUUCAAACAACACAGCCUGAGGAUUUUGCACAAGUAUCUGCCUCUCUACAGAGACUCUGAUCGGAGAAAUAUGUUGGCUCAGAUAGUCACAGAUUUUGUCUUCCUGUGUCCAUCACGGAGGUCAGCGCGUGCCGCCACAGAAGCUGGCAGCAAAACGUGGAUGUACGUCUUUGACCACGUGACCUCAGACCCCCGCGUCUGGUCCGGUCUGACCUUCUGCUAUCGACACGUCUGUCACGGCGCCGAGUUGCCGUUCGUUUUCGACUCGGCCCCCGUGGCCGGCUUCGCCCUGACGCCCGCCGAGAAGCUGCUGUCCAAUCGCGUGCUGUGUCACUGGGGCGCUUUCGCCCACACGGGCGACCCGUCCUCAAGGUUCCGUCAGACGACCUUUUGCCGGGAGCAACGCCUGCCCGUGUGGCCUCGCUAUUCGGACACGAGCGGAUGGCUGGUCAUGAACUUGACAGUGCGUUCGCACGCGCAAGUGGGGACCAGGAACCACGUGUGCGAUUUCUGGGACCAUCUGGGUAUUUACUAAGACUGGAAAGUUUUGCUCGGUGUAAAUCAGAAAAACUUAUUCUUGUCCAGAACAUUCCUGAAGUUCCUGGAAGUGGAUAAAGUCAUAGUGCUAGCGGGCUCUCCCUAGUGGUAUAAACAAAGAAUUUUUGAAUUAAAUGCAAAUGAAAUGUACAACAUGAUUUGUUUUCAAAAAUACAAAUAAAUGCACUGAAAAUUGAUUUCCCACAACAGCCCUCUUGUAAUUAUAUUGAAUUCCAAUUGUCCCAAUAUUCACAGUGGUAUGAAAAAGUAUCUGAACCUUUUGGAAUUUCUCACAUUUCUGCAUAAAAUCACCAUCAAGUGUGAUCUGAUCGUUGUCAAAAUCACACAGAUG